UCGCUCCUUGUCUUUAGUUCUGUUUAGAUUAAAGAUGUCAUCAGGGGAAUGUGAACACCAUCACAAAAGCUGGAGGAAGAAACUGUUUAAACCAAAGAAGCUAUAUGCAGCAAUUGUCUCCCUCUGCAUGAUGUGUGGUAUGAUUGUCAUGAUUCUUGCUCUUCUUUUACGUCCCAAAAAGCCUUCCUUCCUCCUCCAAGAUGCAACUGUCUUCGCCUUUGCUGUCUCCUCCACUAACCUUCUCAAUGCCAGCUUUCAGGUGACUUUGGAAGCUCAUAACCAUAACAGUAGAAUUGAAGCGUACUAUGAAGGCUUCCGUGUUUAUGCGGUGUAUCAAAACCAACAGAUCACCUUCUUCACAUCCAUUCCGCCGACAUACCAAGGCCAUAAGGGCGACAGUGUUUGGUCACCUUUUCUCUAUGGUUUUAACGUGCCAAUUGCUCCUUACAACGGAGCCGCCCUAGCACAGAUCCAAUCAAAUGGCUCCAUCAGUUUAGCUGUGAAAAUAGAUGGUCAAGUUCGAUGGAAGAUUUUGUCAAUCACUUGGGGACCUUAUCAUAUCCAUGUCACUUGCCCAGCAGUCAUUAACUUUGGGAAUAAUUCAAAUAAUGGUGUCUUUGUUGAUACUUUUGUCAAGUAUCAACUAUCUCAAAGUUGUAGCGUCAGCGUUUAA